AGUGAGAGAAUGCAACUCAACUGGUAAGCCAACCAGCUUGGGGUACGAGCACACUGCACAGAGCUUUAUUGCGGUUGGGACUUGCUUGAUUCAGUUUCUCAUUCAGUCAUGAUUCAGUCGUUUCUAAAUCGCGACGGCGGAGCUACGCCAACUACGACUGCGAUAACGGCGGUGGAAGCGGUUUUGGCGGCAGAGGCGACUUCAUUCAAACACAUGCGAUUUUUCCAAUCUCAUUUCGACCAGCUGAUGUUGUCGUCAGCUAUUGAAAAAUCGGAAAAGUAGGUAACAAAAAUGCAAAAAAUUAGCAAGUGAACCAUUAAAAAAUGUUGGUGAGUUGGACUAAGAUAGUGGUGUGUUUCUGCGUUUAUUCGUCGGUCAACAGCUCGAUAGAUUAUCUGAAAAAAAGUGAAAUGUCGAGGAAACAAAAUAUGCAUCCAAAAAUAGUGACUUCAUACGAUAACAUUUACAAACAAUCUAGAUACUCAAAAUUCGAUAGGGUUAUGACGAGACUAGAUAGAAUGAAUAGUGAGAGUGAAGUAGAUUCAGAAAUCGUCUAUAGAUUGAGGCACAAGGGCUGGAACAACGCGAAAUCCCCAUUCAGAACCACGACUACUACAACCACAACCACCACGGAGAUGAAUCUAUUCGAGACUUAUGGAGAUUUGGAAAAUGACGAAGACUACUUGGACGACUACGAGGACUCUCUGAUGGGAGAUGAAGAUGACGAAUCCUACUACGAAGACGAAGAGGCGUCGGAUACGGAGGAUCAGUUUUUCGAUGACGUCAUAGAGGAGAAUGGGAUGGAGGAGGAAGAGGAGACUGCUUUGCAGGCCGAGGAACCCACAGAGAAACCCACGACGGCGAAACCAGCUCAUCAGCCCGUGUCUAGUAUGACAGAGUACAAGUGGAACCAUUUCGGAACCAGGGCUAAAGUCGAGGAGUCGAGAAGACAGCAACUGAAUCUGAAACCAACGAAAGACCAAUUGAAAAUAAAUGCAGUUUUGGAGCACUACGUGAGAGUGAAUCAGCAAGCGAAAUGCCUGACUCCUCUGCCUAGAGUAAUUCCGGUUCAGCAAGAACACCCGGAUAGUUCGAAAAUAUAUACGCCCCAGUGCACCGUCCUCUAUAGAUGUGCCGAGGAUUCUGGAUGCUGCAGAAGACAUACUAAAUGUCAACAUAAGAGGCGAGUUUUGGUUCCCUUGUAUUUUUAUGCCAAAUCUGUGGGAUCUUCACAAAACAAGAUAGUGAAAUUAGAAUUAUACAAUCACACGGAAUGUGAAUGCAAAGAAAUAUCGAGCCCGGAAAGUACGGUGGAGAAUAUGGGAAUCACGCUGAAGUCCGCCGAAAGUCAUAAUAACAUACCUUCACUUUCAAACGAGCAGGAAAGGUGCAACUGCCCGAAACCAUUUCUCAUACCUAGAUUUGGACAAAGAUGUACUUGCGAUUGCGAGAGAGAAGAUGAAGACUGCAUUCAUUUGAAGAAAGGAAGAGAACACUUGAGUAUGAAUACCAGGAUAUGCAUUCAAGACGGCGAAUGUGGUCUUCCCAUCUGCGAGUAUGGAACUUACAUGAUGAAAGAAGGAAAAUGCCCCACAAAAAUGGACAAACUGGAAGAAUACAAGAGAUUUAGGCUGAAUGUUUAAUGAAUUAACAGAUUGAUAUUUGAGGUCGUUAUAGAUGGACGAAUGUAAACAAUUGUCAUAUCACGCGCGAACUUAAUGAUUCAGUGAAACUGUUCUUACGAUACCUCGUCAUUAAAAUAAUACCAUGAAACAUUGAGAAACUUGUGAAUAUUCGACAAACUCUGCCAUUGUCAUUCUUUAGUUAGUUUUUCGUACCCCCAAACUAGUCUUAGACAUAAUUAGCUACUAUUUAUAAAUAGAAUUAUUUUUUAUAAAAGCAAUUCGGAACAUUGAGAAAUGUUCUUG